AUGACCCAGCAGAGUAAAAAGAAACGCGCCGAUCCAGAACCCGCUCCUCCCGAUGCAGGCCAGAAACCUAUCCAGCUACAACGAAGGAGAGUGUGGAGAGCUUGUGAAAGUUGCAGGCACGUUAUUCGCGGAAGAAGAUCAAAUGCGAUGGUUGUGAACCUACUUGCUCCCAAUACAAAGGACAGAGCCGCUCUGAGCAGACAUUAUGUACAGGAACUCGAGGCUCGCCUUAUUCAUAUGGAGAGCUUGUUCUCCCAUAUCGCACCAGUGCUCGAGCAAAUAGGGCCAGGAUCGAAUAAUGCAGCUACGUCUGGAUCCUCAAGCACUACCACCACAUUGCCCCCCGAACUUUCAAGCCCUGCGUCUGCGAUCUUACGCCCGAUAGCUCACAAAGAGGGGCAGAGCACAUCCUCAUCACCAAAGCCUGUAAAGGUUGAAGACGAUGUUAGUGAAUCAUUCGGGCAACUAGCAUUAGACGAGUAUGGUCAUUCACGAUGGAUAGGCGGAUCGUCGACGAUGUCCUUGAUCCAAUCCUUCCGCGCGAUUACCUCUUCUCCUCUUCACCGCAUUUCACCCAUGGAAGAAGAUCCCAUGUCGCCCCUCCCUAGUAUCAAUAAGCUCUAUUUUCCAGCCUCCGUCUUCUUUGGGAAAGUACGGGCUCUUCCUGGUCCAGAGGAGGUUGAAUAUCCCCCCCGAGAUUUAGCCGACAAGUUGGUCAAUGUCUACUUUACACGACUUCAUUUCUUGACACCUGUUCUGGACAAGCCGGAAUUCAUGCGCCAAUAUGAACACAUAAUGAACAACAAAGAUGAUCCAGAGGUUCAUCGCGUACAAACCGCGCUCAUAUCUCUAAUUUUCGCUGUGUUUGCAUGUGCUGCGAACCUCGUUCAGGAUGACAGGCUGGACGCCAGCGGUCGGGCGGACGAGGGUGGAAUGGGCAUGGUAUAUUACGAACGGGCUCUCAUCCUGCAGUACAUUAGUCACGCAAAAACGCAGAUUGCACAUGUUCAAUGUUUCCUCCUGCUUUCGUCGUUUUUGUGUUCCAUCAAUUGCUUGCCACAAGCUUGGAUCCUCGUUGGGCAAGCCGUUCGCACCGGGCAAGAUCUCGGUCUCCACCGAUCACCUCGCAGACUACCAAUCUCCCCUGUUGAAAAGGAGACACGUCGCAAGAUAUGGGCAGGGGUCUACUCUUUAGAUCGUAUGCUGGCUCUCGCCCUCGGUCGACCUCUAGGGAUUGAAGAUUCUGACUGCGAUGUUGAAGACCCCGUUGAAGUGGACGAUGAGAAUCUUGCGGAGUAUUUUAGUGGCGCGACCAUGCCCACCGAUCGUAUCGCUCUCAUAACAGGCUAUGUUGCCCUCACGAAACUCUAUCAAAUCGCAGGUUGCGUUCUCCGUCAGGUCUAUGCAUUGGAUAAUUGCAAAGAUCAGCUCGAACCCGAACGGAAAAUCGAACUGCAACGAAUCGUGGAGUCAUUGGAUGCAGAGCUCACCAAGUGGUGUGAUGACCUACCGACUGUUUUCAAGUCGCAGCCUGUGACCAAUGAACAGGUUUCCAUGGGUGCUGUUCUCUGCAGCCAUUACUACUCUGUCUUGACGACGUUACAUCGAAAUUUUAUUCCGGUCAAACGUAGCGAUCAACUGGUGACACCUAAAUCAACCGCUAAAGCAGUCUCGUCUGCCCGUUCAUGCAUUCGUCUCGCACCGUCCAUGAGGAACGUUGUUCCCCCCUCCCAUCAUUUGGCAUUCUUUAUUCAACAUUUAUUCAGCUCCGCCGUUAUUCUUUUGCUCUAUGCCAUGCAUUCUCCUGAUACACGGGCCGCUCAUGUGGCAAUGGAGGAGGUCAAGACUUCUCUUGACGCUCUAGAGUCUUGGGAAGGACAAUGGCCUGGAGCGCGCAAAUGCAAGGAGUUACUUUCGGAUUUGGCGAGUACCACGAGCGAAGCCAUUGCUCGAAACGCUGGUGAAAUCCCGCAGAUGCCACCACCUACAGCUGCACCUGCUGACCUCGAGCACCGUGCCCUUGGCAAUGUCAGCGCCAGCGCGAUUCACAACCGGGUGACGAAGAACAGAUCUUCCAGAAGAACCGAAUCUCGAGACCGGACCGGACCCUCUCGCCGUAUGGCUGCUGUUUCACCAUAUCGCCAUGAUAAUACCACUCGUGCCAGAUCUUCUUCCAGAAGAAGAGGUCAUGACGACGAAACUGAGACUGCCGGCCCGUAUUUCCACAGUCUCUCGAGUCCCGUUGCUUCAACAGCUCCCAAUCUCCCGGCGCUCAACGGUAGCGCUCAUAGCUCGCCUGCGUCAGCACACCUACCCUCGCCUGUCACUAAUGUCUCAGAGCCAUCGCAAGAAGCCAGUCCAACGUUGGUACCUGCACAUACAUUCACCGCCACUUUCGGGUCUCCCAACUUGGUUCCUAAUCAGCUACCAUCCCCUCCACGUUAUGACUAUGAAUUUGGAAUCCCAAAUAGCUCAAUCCACUACCCAAACGCGACGCAGUGGAAUGGGCAUGGAGAGUUCUAUUCCCCUACCUCGUCUGACGCUGUUAUGCCCUUCAGUAACGUAAACGACAGCGGCUUUCGCGACAGCUAUCACUAUAACUUGACGCAAGGUGUGAACAGCUCUUUGUGUUCACUAUCCACAUCGCCCCAAUCUACAUCGUUCGCGGCAACUGGCCUACCGUUUCGUGGGUUAGACUUUCUACGCAACUAUCCCCCCGAUGGUAACCCAGUAGGUGACUAUUUCAUGGGAGAACAAGAUCCUCUUUGGCAGAGUUAUGAUCCAGUGUCGUUCGAGUAUAAUCCUGAUCUUCCUUUUAAUUUAGGUGACGCAGACCGACAUGAUGGUCUUGGCUGA